CGGGGACGGUGCAGAAAGAGAAGGCGCCCAAAUCUCGCGGUCGCUCCCUCCGUCACGAGAAACCCUCCUCGAUCUCUCCUCCUCCUCCUCCUCCUCCACCACCACCUAUUGACCGCUCCUCCUCCCCUCUCUCAUCCAGCCGGUUCCUGCUCUCGACCGAUCCGAACCACACGCGCGGUCGAGUUCAUCCAUCGUCAUUACGAUUUUUUUCUCCGCGGCGCGUUUGGAUCUCGCAACAGGUUUCUUUUAGGGUUUGAAUUCGUCGUGCUGGUAGCGGUGUUCGGUGGGAGGAUGGAGAGGAGGAAGUACCCUAUCCGCGUUGAAGAUUACCAGCUGUUCGAGGCCGUGGGGCAGGGGGUCAGCGCGCAGGUCUAUCGAGCGCUUUGCGUUCCUUUCGAUGAGAUCGUCGCGGCCAAGAUUCUCGAUUUCGAGAGGAAUAACAGCGAUCUGAAUAACAUCACCAGGGAGGCACAGACUAUGAUCUUGAUAGACCAUCCCAAUGUUCUCCGGGCACAUUGUUCUUUCGUAAAUGAUCACAACUUGUGGGUUGUUAUGCCUUUCAUGGCUGGUGGCUCUUGUCUUCAUAUAAUGAAGUCUGUCUAUCCCAAUGGAUUUGAGGAAGUUGUAAUUGCAACCAUAUUACGUGAAGUACUGAAAGGCUUGGAAUAUCUUCAUCGUCAUGGGCAUAUACACCGUGAUGUGAAGGCUGGAAACAUUUUGGUUGAUUCACGAGGUGGUGUUAAACUAGGAGAUUUUGGGGUUUCUGCUUGCCUCUUUGAUUCAGGUGACCGACAGCGCACAAGGAAUACAUUCGUGGGAACACCUUGCUGGAUGGCUCCUGAGGUGAUGGAGCAGCUACAUGGUUAUGAUUUCAAAGCUGACAUAUGGUCAUUUGGAAUUACUGCUUUGGAGCUAGCUCAUGGUCAUGCUCCAUUCUCAAAAUACCCUCCGUUGAAGGUUUUGCUCAUGACUUUGCAAAAUGCUCCUCCAAGCCUUGACUAUGACAGAGACAAGAAAUUCUCUAGGGCUUUCAAACAUAUGAUUGCUACAUGCUUGGUAAAAGAUCCGUCAAAAAGGCCUUCUGCACAAAAGCUAUUAAAGCAACCUUUCUUCAAGCAAGCUAGGUCCCAGGAUUACAUUGUGCGGAAGAUCUUAGAGGGUUUGCCUACUCUGGGUGAUCGCCAUCAAGCUUUGAAGGAAAAGGAAGAAGACUUGCUUGCACAAAAGAAAAUGCCUUACGGCAAAAAAGAGGAGAUAUCACAGAAUGAGUACAAAAGAGGAAUCAGUGGUUGGAAUUUUGAUACUGAGGAUUUGAAGGCUCAGGCUUCCUUGAUUCCAGAUAACGAGGACAACAAAGAUUCAAAUGGAUUCCAAAACUCUUUGUUUGAGAUUGAUGCAUUGCAAGAAAGAGUGCCAGAAGUCAUGACCGUUUCUUCUAGUCUUUCAUUGAAGGAGGAUGAUGAAUUUGAAAAUGCACCACCGCAUAAUAAAUCAAAUCUCUCAUCACCUGAUAAAACUGCAACUUAUCAGAGAACCAAGUCUGAUGGCUCUGAUAAUGAUCUUAAAUUUGCUGGGACAAGUGAACAGAAUGCUCAGAAUGGCUCACAUUUCCACCACAGUGAGAUGGGAAAUGGUUUUAGUGGAAACUGUGGAUCAGAUAUCGAUGAAAAUCAUUUAGAAAAUGCACUACAUGGUUGUCACGAUCGAAAGCCUUCUACAAGUUCAUGCUCGUCAGAAGUUCUUCCCUUGGCAAAAGCAGAAAGUUUCAAGCCCCAAAAUCAGCUGCAAAGCAUAGGAAACUGCAAUGGAGGGUUAACACCGCUAGUAAUUGACACAACAAAAUCAUCAGCAUCAUUUAUCGAUGAUCUUGAUGAUAAAUCGAAGCCUCCGCUUGUGCAGCAAAAGGGUCGUUUUAAAGUGACAUCUGAGAAUGUUGAUUUGGAUAGAGCUCCUACUCCUACUCCUCUUGGCAUUCAAAAAAGUUACAGUAUGCAGAUGUUUUCUCAACUUCCUUCACCAUCCGUACAAUUACCAGCUGAUGCUACAUCAAAUCUUGGUUGUUCUAUGCUGCCACAGCUGCAUUAUAUCUUGCAGGCAAACAUUGUUCAAAGGGAUAAUAUCCUUAGUUUGAUGAGACAAGUGACCACUGGUGACUCAUCACCAUUUUUUGGUGCUUCAUCCAAUCGUUUGGCUGAAGGAGUAUCCUUAUGUGGGCAUUCUAUGAUAAGUGAGAAGUCGUUGCUAGAAGCAGCUCAUGAUAGGGAGAAGGAGCUGAUGCAGGAGAUAGCUGAGUUGCAGUGGCGGCUAGCGUGCAUGCAGGAUGAGCUACAAAAACAUAAAUCAAGGAACUCUCAGGUUUGAUGACAGGUAAUCACUACCGGACUGACUUGCUGAUCCACAAUACUGUCUCCGCAAAACCAAAUUGCGAAGAAGGUUUGAGAUGCAGGGUUGCAUGGCCUUGCCGGACUAGAUCUUGAUAAUUGUAGGUUGUUCCUUUUUUCUUUUCUGAUUUUUUUCAGAAAGGAAAAAAAAGAAAUCAUGGUGGAAAGCUUCUGCUGGUCACAAUAAAAAAAGACACCAAAGCCUAUCUUUUCAUUUGCAAGGUGUAUUGCUCAUCCUGGUCUAUUGUGUUCCUGUACAUCAUUUAAAACAAUCAUACAGGUUACGUUAGAAGGUUGAGAGGAAAACUAAUGCUACAGAAGCGUAUAUGCUUUUACUGAUGGGAGGUGAAAACC